GAAGGUGGGAGGCGGGCGCGAGGCGCUUUUCUGCUGUUGGAAUAACGGUCUCCCUCGCCGGCGGCGGCGGCGAAGCAAGUGGGACCAACGGUCUGGCGGAGAACACGAAUCAAAAAUACGAGGCCAAGAUGGAUGAGAAAACAAGAUUUCAACAAAAACCUCUGAUUUCCCAUCUCGAACAUGGACCAAAAGACACCAGAAUAGCACAUAUGGAGAAAGGAAAAUUUGUCAAGCCUGAACAAGCUUCCAGUACUGAAGAAAAUGAGAACCCACCCGCAUUCCCAGGUAAAUUUGCCUCUGAUCUUCGCACAGCUGUUUACAGAGCAGAUACUGCAAGAAAGCAGAAAAUAAAAACAGAAGGAAAAAUGGGUUUUGAAUAUAUUUUCUCAAGAAUACAUAAGGACAGAGCAAAAUUAAUUGUUGAUCAACAUGCUGAAAUGAUGUGGUGGCCUCAGCGCAGGAGUUUGGAAGAUUUUAAGUUGAAAAAAAUGAGCAGAGAAAAACUUCCUAUAAUUGCUUCUCAAGAAAAGUCUGAUUAUAUUAUUAGUGAUACUUCUGUUGAAAAUGAAGGAAACACAGACAAUGUGAAUUAUCCUGAUGCAGGACACAAGUUAUUUAGGAGGAAUGACUUUUCCACAAAUGAUAAUGAAAAGACAGAGAGUCAAAGUGUUUCAGCACAGUUAAGUUGCCAUACAAGGACUUGCAUGAAAUUUCAGUUUGGUGGUGGUCACAAACCUUUCAAGGGGAAAAAGUCUCCUUCAUAUGAUAAAACUGAUCCCAUUAAUGAUGAUGUGGUCUUGCAUAUUUUGAGACUCAGAGAUAAACUUAGGUGGCAGACAUCAUUACCACCUUGUGAAUUUAUUAAAUCAGAAGAUCUGGCUAAAUUUCGGAAGAUCCCAUUACCGGAUGAUUCAUUAAAGAAAGAUGAUGGAGAAUAUGUAUAUUGUCUUAUAAGAAGUAGGGAUGACCCUAAAGCAGCCUACAAUCCAUACGAUCUUCAAGUAGUCUCUGCAAAUAUGGCUAGACAAAGUAAAGAAUAUUGGACUGUUACUGCCUCAUAUGUAUCCAAGUUCACUUCAGAGUGUGGAAAACAAGAAAUGGAAAUGAUUCCAGUAAUGGAAUGGUUAUAUGAAAGGCAACUUUAUAAUGUGUUACAAAACAUGGAUUUAUAUUUUAAUUUCAGAAAAAAGAAAUAUUUUAUCCACUGGAAAAAUAAUGUUAAGAGUUCAAUAAUGAAGAGAAGCCAAAUGGUAUUGUAUAAACAACUAUUCUUUGCUGAUGAGAUAUUGCAAAGUUGUUUGCUGUAUUUCCAAGCCUUGUGUGUGGAUGUGAGUAACCCAGAGAAGCCCAGAUCAUCUGAAAACACAACUAUAAAUUUCAUAAAGAUAAAUACAUCCUAUACAUACACGUUGGAUGAAUUUUGUGAGGAACAGUAUCAACAGAGUCAACAUGCUUUAUCUCAACUCCAAGCUUUUAAGGAUAAAGUAAUCAAAGUAAUUCAGACCUGCUUCUUAAAGGUGGCAGAAAUGAACGGAGCAGAAUUUUUUUUUCAGCAUUCACUAUAUGAUAACAAAGAGAGACCAAAAUACUUUGAGAUAGCUGGAUGGCAGCACAUUAUGGAACGUUUUUCUAAGUUUCUUCAGCUUAUAGAUAGAAUCUUUCAAGAAUUUCUUCGCAGAUUGGUAAAGAAUGCCAUAAAUAUUCUUUUGGAGAUAUUUAAAGGUUCCAGUAGUAUGACCAUUUCAAAAAAGAAGACAAACGAAAGCCUUGUGAGAGCAUAUAAAGACACAAUUGAGAGAGCAUUUUACAUGUUAGCUGAAAAUAAAUGCCUGUGGGUAUAUGAAAAUGAGCAAUUUGAAGAUACUCAGAAAUCAUUGCACCGUUCAAAGGAAUCUGAAAUACAACGUGAAAUUGUUACUGUCAGUGAUAUAGACAAGAUACUAGAAGAAGUGAAAAAGCAACUAAAAGGAGAAGAAGAAUACUAUCCAAUAUUUGAAAUAAAUAUUUGUCUGAGAAUUCCUUAUGAACAGGAGUAUCGUAGAAAAUUUUACCAGGAUGAUGAUGAUUAUAUUUCAGAACCUUCAUUAGACUCUUUGAAAGAAACAUUACACUAUAAUGAAGUUUUGAAAAGCUCAUCUGAACACAAUAGCAAGAAUAUACAUGAAGAACAAUCAGAAAAUACCACACAAGUUUUGGGUAACUUCAGGAAUGAAGAAAAAAGGAAGCUGUUGGGAAAAGAGGCCACCUCUGAUUCAAAGAACGAACCACUCGUAUAUGAGAGAUCUGUACAGUUCUCUACAGAUGUAUACCUGGUUCCUAACAGAAGAACAUUUUCAAUAAAAUUACAAGGGAUUUUAGAUGGAUUAGAAAACCUCAUUAAUCAAAUUGUACCAUUUUCGCAAGAUUCUCAGCUUUCUGUCUUCAUUGAUCAGUCUUUACAUAAAACAAUGCAGCCAUAUGAAGAUUACACAGAUUUUGAUUCAGGACAUUAUCAAUCAAUGUGGCCAUACUGUGAUCUCAUUCUUGGGACAGAUCCAGAUUACAAAAGCAAAAUUCUGGACCUUCUUUCUCUUCAGAGUUCUUCACUGGCCCAAGUAGAAUCUUACAGCAGAAACUUUAUGGAAUACUGCAGUAUGGUAGAUAAAGCAAAAUAUACAACUGACAAAAUAUCAGCACUAGAAAGAGAAAUGACUACAAAGGAGUUUCGAAAGAUUCUAGAAAACUAUACAGCUGAUGUAAUGGAGAUUGUAUGUAUGAUUAUUGGAAAACGCAUCUCCAUGUUUAGAGUCAACAGUUUGAACUUUCAGACAGACUGCCUGCCAUAUUUUGAGGGGCUGCUAAAUGCAAUUCAUUUACGUUUUUAUACAGCAAUUGAUACAAAGAAUGUACAUCUUGUCGAAGCCACCCAGUCAGCAGUAGCAAGGUUGAGCAAAGAACUAGUAACAGUGGAUGGAUUCGUUGAACAUUUGCUAUAUCUUCAGGAAAUUUCCUCACAACUACCAAAAAUACAGGUUGAAUAUCAGUAUCUUUCUGAGCUCUACUUCAUUGCAAAUGAUUAUAACAUCUUUCUUCCACUUCAGCAACUUGCUCUCUAUCAAACUGUUGUGCGUACACUCCAGAAUCUUCAAUCAACUAUCCUUAUCUGUGAAAAAAUGAAGGAUGAUUAUGUUCUAAAAUUUAAUGAAACCUUGGGAGAAUAUAUUGACAAUUUACAGGCUGAAAUGAAAGAAUAUAAAAACAAAGUGAGAAACCCUGUCCUUCUCCUUAGUGAAACUUUGCCUAAGACAGCUAAAGAGAUGAUUGAAAACCUUAUUGAAGAAGCAUCAGUUAUCAGUGAGAAAAUUUUAAAUUAUGCAAAUUACCAGAAUGUGCUUGACAGUUCUGUUAGUGACAUGAAAUCAUUGUCUGUGGAAAAGCUGUCACACAGAAGUCAGGCUGGAGAUUCUCAGAGGGUGAAUGCUGAACUCUCGGAAAUUGAAAGUGAACUAGUGUUGCGCAAAUUGUUAUGGGAUUCUCAUGAAGAAUGGACAAAACUUGUCUUUAAGUGGAAACACACCAUCUUUUGGAAUCUUGAUGUAGAUAUAAUUCAAAGAGAUGUUAACAGAUUCAUACAGAUAAUUCAUAUCCUUGAAAAAGGCUUGCCGGAAAAUACUAUUUUACCAGCUAUGAAGAAAUCAUUGAUGAAUUUUAAGGAAUCCUUGCCUAUAAUCAUAUCUUUAAGGAAUCCUAGUCUUCAACGAAGGCAUUGGGAAACAAUACAGAAUAUUGUUGGACAGUCAGUUUCUUGGGAUAAAAGACUUACUCUGGAGAAAAUACUGGAACUCAAUCUAUUUCAGCACAGAAAAGAUAUUAAUGAAAUAUCCAUAAGAGCUACCAGAGAAGCAACUCUUGAAGUAAUGUUGAAAAAAAUCAUUGGCCUUUGGCAUAAAACUGAUUUUCAUUUAUGUCCCUAUCACACUGAAGCAUCUAGUACUUGUAUUAUUUCAUCUGUGGAAGACAUAAUUACUCUGUUAGAAGAGUCUCUGAUGACAAUUUCAAGCAUUAAAAGUUCUUGUUUUGUUGAACCAAUUAAGAAUCUUGUUCAUGCUUGGGAUCAUAAGAUAAACCUCAUUUCUUGUACUGUGGAGGAAUGGUUAACUUGUCAGAGGCACUGGAUUUAUCUUGAGCCAAUCUUUCAUGCUCCAGAAAUAAAAAGACAACUUCCAGAAGAAGCCAAUCUCUUCUCUGUAGUUGAUAACAAAUGGAAAGAAAUCAUGAAAUUUGUAGCAGAGACUCCAAAUGCUCUUAAGGCAACUACAACUAGUGGAAUUUUUGAAAUACUGCAGAGCAACAAUGUAUCACUGGAAAAAAUACAGAAAGCUCUUGAGGAAUAUCUUGAAGUUAAACGUAUGAUUUUCCCAAGAUUUUAUUUUCUCAGCAAUGCAGAACUCCUUGACAUAAUAGCUGAAAGUAACAGUCCUGAUGCUGUGCAGCCUCAUCUUAUCAAGUGUUUUUCAAAUGUGAGGAAGUUAUAUAUACGGCCGCAACAACAGAGACCUCCAGUGGUUUUAAUGAUUAGAUCUGCUGAAGGAGAGAUUCUUCUAGUACCAAAGGGUAUUCGUAUUAGAGGUCCCGUCGAACAGUGGCUUAGAAAUGUUGAAAGUACCAUUUACAGUAUAAUAAGAAAGUUUAUAGAAGUUGGAAUUACAGAGUGGAAUCAAAUGGAAUUUAAAGAAUGGUUUUUUACCCACCCAGGACAGGUGAUAUUAGUUGUGAGUCACAUAAAGUUUACUCAGGAAUGUGAAGCAGCCCUAUUAAGUUCUAAUUCAAAAAAGGAGAUGAUAGAAGACCGGGAUGAUCUGAUCAACGUUCUAGAGCAACUUACAGAGAUAGCAUCAGAUGUUCUUCCCUACCACAAGCAAAACACAUUAGAAGCUUUGGCUUCUUUGUGCAUCCAUAACAGAGAUAUACUAUCUUCACUGAUAGAUCAAGAGCUUAAUGACAUUAAAGAUUUUGAAUGGACUAGGCAAUUGCGUUACAAAUGGCAUGAACACAACGUGUGCACAGUUAUUCAAGGUUAUGCUUCCUUUGAAUAUGGUUAUGAAUAUUUAGGCUGCUCUCCACGAUUGGUUAUCACUCCUCUUACUGAUCGAUGUUGGUUAACCAUUACUGGAGCUCUACAAUUAAAUCUAGGAUGCUGUCUUGCUGGCCCAGCUGGUACAGGAAAAUCAGAGACAGUCAAAGAUCUGUCAAAAGCUUUGGGAAAAUUUGCCCUUUCAUACAAUUGUUCUGAAGGUUUGGAUGAUAAGGUGAUGGGAAAGUUGUUUUUUGGGCUUGUUCAAUCUGGAGCAUGGUGUUGUUUUGAUGAAUUCAAUCGGAUUGAUAUAGAAGUCCUCUCUGCAAUUGCUUCACAUAUUCAGACAAUCAAGGCAGCUAAAGAUAGCCUCAGUGUCAGAUUUAUACUGGAAGGAAAAGAAAUCCGCCUGAAACCAAACUGUGCAAUUUUUAUUACCAUGAAUCCUAGAUACAAAGGUGUCGUAGAACUUCCAGACAACUUAAAAUCAUUAUUUCGUCCUAUGUCAAUGGUGGUACCAGAUUAUGAACUCAUUGCUGAAAUAAUGUUGUUUUCAGAAGGUUUCAAAUUGGCAAAAUUACUCUCAGGGAAGAUAGUAAAUCUUUACCAACUUUCUAGCAAAAGACUGUCACAGCAGGAUCAUUAUGAUUUUGGCAUGAGAGCUAUAAAAACUGUGUUAAUAAGAGUUGGUCAAAAGCGCCAAGAAUUGAAAAUACAUUUCAAUUCCAUGGGAGCCAUGGUUUUCUUUUAUAAUUGAUACAGUAAUAAAAAGAAAAAGUUUUCUGCAAAGGAAGAAACUGUACUCACAAUUGGUAUACUGAAAGAAGUUAAUUUACCAAAGUUAAUUGCUGAGGAUGUUCCAAUAUUUGAAGAUAUUAUCACAGAUCUCUUUACAGGAAUGGAAGUUCCAAAAGUAAACCCUAAACGAUUAGAGAAUGCAAUAUCUCUUGCAGUACAGCAUUUAUCUUUGCAGCCUUGGGAAAAUCAGAUACAGAAAGUUAUACAACUAUACAACCAAAUUAUGGCUCGUGUUGGUGUGAUGCUUGUAGGCCCCACAGGUGGAGGAAAGACUACCAUUAGAACAAUUUUAGAAAAAGCCUUGAUAAUCCUUCCAUUAGUUGAUAUGGAAACCACUACAAAACUUGAUAUCUUUCAGAAUACUUCAAAGAGAAGCAAAGUAGAUACUUUUGAAAUAAACCCAAAGUCUAUUACUGUUGGUGAACUCUUUGGACAGACAAAUCCUAGUACAAUGGAAUGGUCAGAUGGACUAUUAUCAUCAGCUGUUCGAGGAUUUGCUAAACUUGGAGCCAAAAAAUCUAAAAAAAAAGAUCCAAGCAUUGGUAUAAAUUCAGAAAUGCAGGACCUAUAUACACUGAAUACAGUGACUAUAACUGAUGCAGUUGUAACUGAUGAAAUCGUACAAUCAUCAGAGAAUAUUCAAUAUGAAACUAUUCUUGACUGGCAGUGGAUUAUCCUGGAUGGCCCAGUAGAUCCAGUUUGGAUAGAAAACUUAAAUUCUGUGCUAGAUGACAGCAGAACAUUAUGCCUUGCUAACAGUGAAAGAAUUUAUCUAUCAUCAGGUAUCAGAAUGAUAUUUGAAGUGGACAGCCUUUCUCAAGCCAACCCAGCCACAAUUAGUAGAUGUGCCAUGGUUUAUGUGGACCCUGCUGAUCUGGGAUGGGAACCUUAUGUCAAGACAUGGCUGGAAGGCAUUUCUAAAACAAUACCAGAAAAUAGUACUGAAUAUCUUGAAAGUUUGUUUCACUCAAGUAUAAAGAUAGGGUUAGCUUUUCUAAAUAAACAUAAGAAAAUGCAAGUAUUUCCUGUACAUCAGAUGGGGAUAGUAAUGAACAUUUGCAGAAUUAUUGGUUCAUUUAUUCAUGUAAUGAACCUAGGUCAAGGAUUACAAUACAGUAAGAAAAGACGACAAAGCAGCGUGGUGAGUUUCUCAACAGUAACCCAGAGUGAUUCUCAACAUAGUUUCAGUUCAUUCAGUGGAAAGGCCCCAUCAAUAAUGAAGAAAAGAGGUGAUGAGAAAUGGUUUUGGGAAAAGGAACCUAAUAAAAUGCUUGUGUUAUUGGGGAAAAUUUUCAUAUUUGCAUUUACUUGGGCUAUUGGAGGAAUUUUAAAACGAGAGGAAGAACAUGAAGGUGAAACUCUCAUUGGUAUAAACACUAGCCAAGAUGAACUUGCACAUGUAACACGUAACUUCAAUUACCUUGUUCGUGAUUUAUUUGAAAGAAAAUCACCUGCUAAUAUUCAGAUUCCAUCUGGAGAUAAAACUGUUUUUGAUUAUUUUGUGGAUUUACAAACAGGAGAAUUUGAGCCAUGGGGAUGUUUAGUUCCUAGCACACAAUUUCUUAUCCAGAAGGAGACAUCAGAUCUUUCAGAUUCGGAUAACAGCAUGUCAGAAAACCAAGAAAAGAAAACAGAAGCUUCUGCAUUUAUUCCCAAUAUUGAUACAAUUCGCCACAGCUUCCUAGCAAGUCUUCUUUUAUUGACAAAACAACCAGUACUGAUUAUAGGGGACCCUGGCAGUGGGAAGACCACUAUGAUAAAUAAUAUGCUUGGAAGACUUCAAAAAGAUGGAUUAAAUAUAAGGAAGAAAACAUUAUUAGGAGAGGUCUUUUAUUACAACCAAUAUAAAACAACAAGCUUGAUGAAGAACUACAGUAUGUUGAAAUCGGAUAUGUUUCGUGGAUCUUGGAGAAUAAAACAUUCUUCAACCAAAGAAUUGUCUCUCAGCUCAACAAGAGAGGACAGUGAUCUCGAAGAACCAUCUUCAGAACAUACAACAAGUCCUAUAAUUUCUAAAUUACAAUUAGGUGCCCAUACAACUGCAGCCCAAACAAAGGCUUUGAUCAUUGAGAAAUUAAUACUGAAGAGUAAAGAUAUUAUGGGUGCUCCACAAUCUAAGCAAGCACUACUGUUUAUUGAUGAUCUGAACAUGCCAAUUGCAGAAGAAUAUGGAUCCAAGCCACCAUUAGAACUCAUCCGUCAGUUUGUUGGGCUGGGAGGAUUUUAUGACACUAAACAUCUUGAAUGGAAGCAUGUUGAGGACAUUGCCUUCAUUGCAUGCUGUACACCUCUAAGUGUAGGAAGUAAUGAAAUUAGUGCUCGUCUUCUGUCCCAUUUUUGCAUCUUAGUUUUGCCUGCAACUUCCUUACAGUCUUUGCAACGUAUUUUCCAGGUACGUCUGGGAACAUACUUUUACAUCAACAGGUUCUUGGUUGAAGUUCAGAAGUGUACAGAUAAUUUAACAUGUUGCUCUAUUGCGCUAUACUAUAGAAUGCUUAAUAAAAUGCUUCCAACGCCUGCUAAAUGCCAUUACACAUUUAACCUACGAGAUCUUUUUAAGGUACUUGAAGGAUUACUUCAAGCACACAAGUCAAUCAUUGUCUCAAAAGGAACAGCAGCAUUGCUUUUUAUUCAUGAAUCUACCCGAGUUUUUCAUGACCGUCUGGUUGAUAAUGCAGAAAAAGAGAUGUUUUAUCAGUUUCUUUCAGAUGAGCUCAACAAUUAUUUUAAAAUUUCAUGGACAAAGGAGAAAUUGAUGGAGGAGUCUCCUAUAUUUGUAGAUUUUCUAGAUUCCACCACACCUGUGGAGAAGAGAAUAUAUAGAAAUGUCACUAGCCAGAAGCAUCUUCUUUUGACACUAGAAGAAUAUUAUAUGAGAACGCAAAUGAAAGAGUCAGAGAGCAUCAUAGUAUUUUUCAAAGACGCAAUACAGCAUGUAACUAGAGCUGCAAGGGUUUUUCGACAACAAGGUGGUCACAUGACACUGAUUGGAUUGGAUGGCAACGGAAAAGCAACCUGCGCAUCCUUAGCCUGUUAUGUAUCUGAAUGCAGUAUCUAUAGGUUAUCUACUUCCUAUAGUUACAGCUAUGCAAAUUUCAAAGAGGAGAUUAAAAAAGCCUAUAAACACGCAGGAGCAGAAGGCAAGAGGACUGUUCUUCUCAUUACAGACUCAGACAUAAUUCAAGAGUCAUUUUUGGAAGACCUAAGUUAUAUUCUGAAAUCAGGACAAGUGCCCAAUCUAUUUGAGAAGGAUGAGUUGGAUAAUGUUAUUGAAUCACUUACAUCAGUUGCUGAAAUGGCUAAUCAGUCCAACAAAAUAGAUGAUAUCCAUUCUUUCUUCUUACAGAGAGUACAUCACAACCUUCAUAUAGUUUUGACAAUAAGUCCUACAGGACUGGUUUUCCGUCAACAUUGUAGGACAUAUCCUGCCAUUGUGAAUUGCUGCACAGUAGACUGGUAUGAAGAUUGGCCUGAAGAGGCCCUUUGCCAUGUAGCAAAAAGUUUCUUUAGCCAGAAUGAGACAUUUAGGAAUGAGAAUAUAAGAGAUGUUCUUAUCCAUAUGACUGUUAGUAUUCACAAGAAUGUAUCUAUGAUCAUUGAAAAGUACUUGAAGGAAACUAAAAGGCACUAUUACAUCACUCCCAAAAGUUACUUGCAAUUUAUAAAUGCUUUUUCUACAAUAUUGCAGACCACAAAAGAGAAAACUCUGAGUGAAAGAGCUUGCUAUCAUUCUGGUCUGACAAAAAUCUUGGAUGCAACUUCACAGAUUACAGAUAUGCAAAAUGAGUUACUUGUCCUUGGACCUCAAAUAGAGUCAAAAUCAAAGGAAAUAGAAGAACUUGUAGCUAAACUUCACAAAGAUGCUUUAGUAGUAGAGCAAGUUCGAACAAUUGUUAAACAGGAUGAAGAAACUAUGGCUGUAGAAACCAAAAUUGUGGAAGAGUAUGCUAAGAAAGCAACAGAAGAACUCAGUGUUGUAUUACCAUCUUUGGAGAAAGCCCUUAGUGCUCUUGAUGCACUUGACAAAAAUCACAUUGCAGAAAUUAAAGUCUAUACUCAUCCUCCUCCACUUGUAUUAACUGUUAUGAAUGCAGUUUGUGUGCUUCUUCAAAAGAAACCAAAUUGGACAACAGCAAAAUUGCUACUUUCAGAUCCAGGGUUUCUUAAAAAAUUGAUUACUCUUGACAAAGAUAAUUUACCAGAAAAGGUUUUUCUGCAGUUGAAAAAAUAUGUGAGGUCACCUGAUUUCAGCCCAGUGAAAGUGGGACUUGUGUCUACUGCCUGUUGCUCUAUAUGUCAGUGGAUUAUAGCUUUGGAUCACUAUCACAUUGUUAAAAAGUUUGUAGAACCCAAACAAGCAAAGGUAGCAGAAGCAGAGGAAUUACUGAAUCGUGCACUUAAUAAAUUAGCUGAAAAACAAAGAAGUUUAGCCCUGAUUGAACAACAUCAGCAAAAUUUAGAAGCAUUGUAUGAUGAAAGUAUUGCCGAACAGGAAAAACUAGCAGCUCGAAAAAAUCGAACAGCUCGCCGUUUAAACAGUGCAUCUAUAUUAAACAUAGCUCUUAAGGAUGAAAUGGAACGCUGGAAAGAAUCUGUUAAUAAUCUUGAUCAAAGAUUGCAAGGAAUUAUAGGUGAUGCGCUUAUAUCAGCAGCUAGUAUUAUCUAUAGUGGAAUGUUAUCAGCGGGGUAUCGUCAACAGCUGGUCAAUGACAGUUUGAAAUUCUGCAAUGAGAAUAAUAUUCUAGUGUCUCCAAAUUACUCAUUGGUAAACUGCAUGACAGAAAAGAAUGAGGUCCGCAGAUGGCAUAAUGCAGGAUUGCCACUUGAUCAAUACUCCACAGAAAAUGCAAUACUUGUUAAACAUGGACAACGGUGGCCUUUACUAAUUGAUCCAGAAAGGCAAGCUUACAAAUGGAUAUGUCAAAUGGAAGGUGGCAAGCUACGACAAAUCCACAUUACAGAUGCCAAUUAUUUAAAAGAACUUGAAUAUUCUCUGCAAUUUGGUGAAUCAGUCCUAUUGCAGGAUUUUCCUGAAACAUUGGAUUCAAAUAUAAAACCAAUCUUAAAGAAGGAGAUCUACAAAAAAGGAGGGCAAGAAUUCAUUAGAAUGGGAGAUUCUGAAAUUCAGUACAAUUCAGAUUUUCGAUUAUACCUGACAACGCAGAAAGCCAAUCCUCAUUUUCUGCCAGCAACAUGCAAUAUUGUUACAAUGAUAAACUUUAUUUUGACAUUCCAUGGUUUGCAAGAUCAGCUUUUAUCUGCCGUUGUAAAUAAGGAAAAACCUGAGCUUGAAGAACAGCACUGCAAGUUGAUAGAAAGCUUAUCAAUUGAUCUGGUAGCACUACGUGAAUAUGAACAAAGAUCACUUAAACUUUUGCAAAAAACAAAUGGGCACAUUUUAGAUGACCAAGAGCUCAUUGACAAUUUGCAGCAAACAAAAAUUACCUCAUCGGAGAUUUUUCAGCGUGUUGCAGAUUCAGCAGCAACAGAAGUCGCCAUCGAGAGACUGCGUGAAGCCUACCUUCCUAUAGCAACUCGUGGUGCUGUGCUCUACUUUGUAAUAUCAGACCUUGUACACAUCAACCGUGUGUAUCAGUUUUCACUGAACUGGUUUCAAAAGGUCUUUGUAGACUCCAUGGAUAAUGUAAAGAGAAGUGGCAUUUCUCUCAGUGACUCUAUUUCUAGACCUAAAACAAGUCCAGUUAGGGAGCAAGGUGGAGAAACGUCAUCAGAAAGUGACAGCGAUAUAGAUCACUUCAAAAUAUAUAUUAAUGAUAUCAUUGAGAUACUAACCAAUCGUGUCUACAAGGUACUUAAAUAUUAUAGUAAUAGCAAAUGUUAAUGGAUUAUAUAUAUUUUUAUUUUGCAGACAGUUUCUUCAGCUCUGUUCAGUAAAAAUAAGCUAUGCUUCGCUUUUCUACUGUGCAUAGCAAUCAUGAAAAAUAAUUGUGGUGAAAAUUUAUUUGCUAAUAAGCUUGGAUUUAUAUCAGAGAAUCAGUGGAAUUUCUUCCUGUACUCUAGCAAGAUAGCGAAUAUUAUCCAGUCAUCAAUCUUUGAUUAUACUGGUUCGGGUGUAUUUGAGAAAACUCCUCCAUUCCACUGGAUAAGUGAAAUGAUGUGGAAAGAAUGCCAGUACAUGAGUACUCACAUGCCAGCAUUCCGCCUAUUGUGCAAUUCUCUGUCUACAUAUUCUCAACAGUGGAAAGCUUUUCUAGAUAGUGAGAAUGUAUAUAAUUUAAUUAGUACAGGUUAUAGACCAUUAUCAGCAAAGCAAGACUCACAAUCACACGUAGCAAGAGGAAGUGAAGAUAAGGAGAGUAUACCUUUAAUUUUUCCUUGGGAGAAGCUCUCUCCAUUUGAAAGACUUACCUUGAUAAAAGUUCUUCGUUCAGAAAUGUUAAUCCGUGCAGUACGAGGCUUUGUAACUGAGAUGUUAGGAGCUAAGUAUCUUCAGACUGGAGGAAUUAAUUUAAAAAGAAUGUAUGAAGAAUCUGAUUCUACAACUCCACUAAUUCUCAUCCAUACUCAUGGGGUAGACAUUGCAGCAGUUGUCUUACGCUUUGCCCAGGAAAUAAAAGGAAGUGCUCAACAUGUGGCAAUGAUAUCUCUGGGACAUGGCCAAGGCAGCAAAGCUGAAGAAUUGAUAUAUAAAGCACAAAUACUGAGUGAACAGUGGGCAUUCCUUCAGAAUUGUCAUCUUGCAACUUCAUUUAUGCCCAGAUUGUGCAAAAUUGUUCAUUCCUUUAUCCUACCUGACACAAAUAUAAACCCAGGGUUUAGACUAUGGUUAAGUUCAACACCAGAUACUUCUUUACCCAUACCUAUCUUGAGAAGAGGGCUAAAGGUAGUAAUAGAGACUCCACAAGGACUAAAAGGAAUAUUACUUCAAACUUUUGGAUUAGGUGACACUGGUGUAGUAACAGAAGCUAUAUUUAAUAAGACCAAGUGCGGGCCAUCAUGGAAAACACUGUUAUUUAGCCUAUGUUUCUUCAAUGCUGUCAUUCAUGAACGAAAGAAAUAUGGAGUUUUGGGCUGGAACAUUCCAUAUGAAUUUAAUUCUUCAGAUCUAGAGAUUUCUAUAAAAAUGUUGGAAAUACUUCUUGAGAAGCACCAAAAGAUUCCUUGGUCAGCACUGCAUUAUUUGACUGGAGAAGUAACAUAUGGAGGCCAUGUAACAGAUAACUGGGAUCAUCGAUGCUUGCUUAGCAUUUUGGAUAAUUUUUAUAAUCCUUCUGUAUUGCAAGAAGGUUUUGUUUAUACUGCUGAUGGGGUGUAUCAACCAAUAUCUGGAUUAGAUAGUUUAAAAGACUGUAGAGCCUAUCUACGAUCUCUUCCAGAAGUGGAUUCUCCAGAACUUUUUGGAAUGCAUCAUUGUGCUGAAAGAGUAUACUUAAAAGCUCAGGCGCAAUUAUUUAUUGAUUCCAUCAUCAGUACCCAGCCAGCGUACAGCACAGACACUAUCAGAAGUAGAAAGGACCAGGAUGAAAUAGUACUGGAAAUAGUAUCUGAGAUUUUAAUAAGGCUACCAUUGACUGUAGAGAAUAUGGAAAAGGCAUCUGCAAAUGAAUAUGAGUCUACAAAAAAUGUGACACUUAGAAGCUUCAUGUCUGGACCAGUUUGGGCUGCACUUGUGAAAGCUACAGAAGGUUUUUAUUCUUUAACCAGUUCACCUUUGCUAGCUGUCUUGCGCCAGGAGAUUGACCACUAUAAUAAUUUACUGUACAUAAUAAUUCAGUCAUUACAUGAACUUCAACAAGGAAUCAAAGGAGAGAUUAUCUUCACUACAAGAUUAGAGGAGUUUUAUAAUUCAGUAUUGAAAGGCAAAGUAGCUGAUCUGUGGGAGAAACAUUCUUUUAAGACAAAUAAAACUUUAGGAUCCUGGAUUGAUGAACUCAAUAUACAAGUGAAUUUCUUUGCCAUGUGGGCUGAUCGAAUUAUCACCUUUAUGCAGUCAAGGUUUAAUGAUUUAGUGGUACUUCAGAGGCAAAGCAAAAUACCAUUUCAGCUUAGUGAAAAUCCUGACUUUCAUGGCAGUUAUCAGGGACAUCCUAGUUGCUUUUGGCUUCCAGGUUUCUUUUUUCCACAAGGAUUUCUUACUGCUAUAUAUCAGAAUUAUGCUCGGCUGAAUAAAAUACCAGUGGAUUCACUUACUUUUACCCAUAAAGUGCUUCCAUUAAGUCAAGAUAAAGAUUUAAGCUGCAGUAGAGAGGAAAGCAUAUUAAACAAAGCUUUUAUGGAAUGUUCUCAGUAUGGAACUGGAAUUACAGUUUGUGGCUUAUACAUAGAUGGAGCAUGCUGGAAUCCCAGUACACAGGCAUUGGAUGAACCUGAACUUCACAGAAGAUUUUAUUCACUACCAGACAUCCAAUUUUUACCACAAAAGAUUACCUUUUGCUCAAGACACUCUUGUGAAGAAGAAUGCCUGCUCUUAUAUGAAUGUCCAUUAUACAGGACACCUCAAAGAUCAGGAACACUAUCUUCUACAGGUGAAUCUACAAAUUUUAUAACUGUAGUUAAUCUGCCAAGUCUGAUGGCUCCCAGCCACUGGGCUAUGAGAGGAGUUGCACUGUUAUGUGAACUGGAUGAUUACAAAAUAUAAAAUAUUAUCAUCCCUUAUUUGAAAUGAAUACUUCACUAUGUUUCAGUGUAAGAUCAGACACAACCUAGUUUUGUUUAAUGUUUUAGAAUAAACUUGUUUC